AUGGCUGCCGCAACAACCAGGGCCCUCCAUGAGGACCGGAUAGAGCAGGCUUUCGUGCGCUUUUGGGCCAACAGUGGGCAAAGAGCAGAGAGGGACGUUACAGCAAAUUCCACGCUGCAGGACCAACUUAGAAGACAGCGAGGCAUGAAGUCCAAAACGGCGACAACAGCAGGCAGGCGCCACUGGAACAGCAACAAUCCGCGACCAAGCCAAGCGAAGGGACCCACAACAGGGACUAUGCGUUACCCACCAAGCGAGCUUUCUCCCUGCAAGGUGACCAUACAUCCCUGCAUUCCUGAAACACAGAGACUGAAAGUUAGUGCCCACACAUACUACUGCCCUCCUCGGUCGACCCACACUCAAGGCACCCUGAAAAAGCCACGCUCUGCGCUCCACCGUCAGGUCACACCAACAGCCUGA